UGGACAGGGAGGAGCUCAGAAGAGAGAGGGAGAGAUUCUUGUUUCACUUUCUCAAGUCCUUAGGACACAUUGAAGCUCGAGAAGGACAGCAUGGCUCCAAAACGCAAGCCCUCAGUGCAUACUGAGGGCCCUGAGAAGAAGAAGGGACGGCAAGGGGAGGAGGACAGCUUCCGCUCCACUGCUGAAGUUCUCAGGGCCGCACCUGCAGAGAAGCGCAUAAUCCUGGUGGACUCUGCAUAUCCACUCAGCAGCAACUCUAGGACCCAGGUUUACGAGGACUAUGACUGCACCCUGAACCAAACCAACAUUGGGAACAACAACAACAAGUUCUACAUCAUCCAGCUGCUCAAAGAAGAUGACCACUUCAUCUGCUGGAACCGCUGGGGCCGUGUGGGGGAGGUGGGCCAGUCAAAGAUCAACCACUUCACAAAGCUAGAAGAUGCAAAGAAAGACUUUGAGAAGAAAUUUCGGGACAAGACCAAGAACAACUGGGCAGAGAGGGACCACUUUGUGGCCCACCCUGGCAAGUACACACUUAUAGAAGUUCAAGGAGAGGACAAGGACCAGGAGGCCGUGGUAAAGGUGGACGGAGGCCCACCAAAGACUGUGAUUAAGCAGGUGCGACCCUGCUCCCUGGACCCAGCCACACAGAAACUCAUCACCAACAUCUUCAGCAAGGAGAUGUUCAACAAUGCCAUGGCCCUCAUGAACCUGGAUGUUAAGAAGAUGCCGCUGGGAAAGUUGAGCAAACAACAGAUUGCACGGGGCUUCGAGGCCUUGGAGAAACUAGAGGUGGCUUUGAAAGCACAAACAGAUGGUGGCCAAAGCUUAGAGGAGCUAUCCUCCCACUUCUACACUGUCAUCCCACACAACUUUGGUCGUAGCCGACCCCCACCCAUCAACUCCCCAGAGCUUCUGCAGGCCAAAAAGGACAUGCUGCUGGUGCUGGCAGACAUCGAGCUGGCCCAGACCCUGCAGGCAGCCUCUGAGGAGAAGAUAGUGGAGGAAGUGCCACACCCUCUGGACCGAGACUAUCAGCUUCUCAAGUGCCAGCUGCAGCUGCUGGAUUCAGAGGCACCUGAAUACAAGGUGAUUCAGACCUACUUAGAACAGACUGGCAGCACCCAUAGGUGCCCUGAUCUUCAACAUGUUUGGAAAGUGAACCGAGAAGGGGAGGGAGACAGGUUCCAGGCUUACUCCAAGCUGCGUAAUCGGAAGCUGCUGUGGCAUGGCACCAACGUGGCCGUGGUGGCCGCUAUCCUCACCAGUGGGCUCCGCAUCAUGCCACAUUCUGGUGGCCGCGUUGGCAAGGGGAUCUACUUUGCCUCAGAGAACAGCAAGUCAGCUUGCUAUGUUACUGGCAUGCGCUGUGGGGCACACCAUGUUGGCUACAUGUUUCUGGGUGAGGUGGCACUGGGCAAAGAGCACCACAUCACCAUGGAUAAGCCCGACUUGAUGCAUCCACCUCCUGGCUUUGACAGUGUCAUCGCCCGAGGCCACACAGAGCCUGAUCCAACCCAGGACACUGAGCUGGAGCUGGAUGGCCAGAAAGUGAUGGUGCCCCAGGGCCGACCUAUGCCUUUCCCAGAGUUUAGCAACUCCACCUUCUCCCAGAGCGAGUACCUUAUCUACCAGGAGAGCCAGUGUCGCCUGCGCUACCUACUGGAGGUUCACCUCUGAGCUGCCUGGGCUGGCCCCUUAAUCCUGCUAGAUAGAGGCUGGAUCAUGAUCUUCCACUCUUUCUGCCCAUCUCUGGUACCCCCAUAUCACCUUUCUUUUGUUUUUCUAGAACACAAUGCAUUGUUAUUAACUAUAGUUACCAUAUUGUGCAGUAGAACUCCUGGACUUAUUCCUUCUAUCCUACUGAAAUUGUGUAUCCUUUGACCCACAUCACCUGAACCCCCUCCCCAAAAGCCCUUAAUAAACACUGUCCUACUUUCUA